UUCUCUUUACAAUAAUAAAGAUAUAUAAUCAAUGGUUCCAGAGGGUCUCGGUCUCGAGAGGUUAGAGUCUGGGUCAGAGUCUUAUUUAUUACUCUCUUUAACCAACCCUGGAACUUUGCUUUCCCGCGAUUUUAGCUGACCGAACCGACCGAAGUAAAAUAAAAUAAUUUGUUUAUUAAGCAUUUUGCAAUAAUUUGCAUUUAGUUUUUAAGUUUUAAUCAAGAGACCUAGCCUAGUUCUAGUUAUUUUGCUUUGCAGUUUGGUCAGUUUGCCGGUUUGCAGAAAAGCUUCUCCAGUUCUCCACAAUUGCAGUCCACACUCGAAAAAAUGGGGACCAUUACCCAAGACCAAGUGAAUGAAUCAGACCAAGAUACCACCAAGAAAUCAAUUAUUGACUAUGACCCAAAACAUUUUCUCAGGUGUCACUCUAAGAAGAAUGAUAGUUCAGAUGUUCAAACACAAGUGUGGCAGUGUGCUUUUCAGCCAGAUUGCAAUGAUAGAAGGAAAACUACAUCUAUAGUAGCAACUUGCGGUGGAAAUAGUGUAUGUUUUAUAGAUGUAGAAAAAGGAAUAGUCCCAUAUAAGUACUACGCCAAAGAUUCUAGAGAAAUGCUGUAUGCGCUGGCUUGGACUGUCAACCUUUCUUACUCAUUUCUUGUGUGUGCUGGAGCAAUGUACUCAGUGCACUUUCUAGACUCAGUAAAUGGUAUAGCAUUUGGAGUAAAAGCUGUGAAGAAAACCAGCAAGAAAAAUAUCAUCAAUAGUCUUCUUUUUCAUCCAGAACAAUGGAACCUGUUGUUUUGUGGUGGGAGCGACGGGGACAUUCACCUCUGUAACAUCGGUAAUCCAUCUCCUCCUGAGUAUAAAGUGGACUUUGAGGUUUUACAACAAUUCUCCACUCAAUCGGAGAUCAUUAGUUUCACUUUCUGCCCCGUCAACAACACACUGCUGAUAGGCUGUGAUAGCGGAUUGCUUGGCUGGAAUUAUUCUGUGGAUGAUAUUAAGUCUGAAGAGCGGAAUUCCAUCAAAUUAACGUUACCAACAAGAAAAGGAGGCCCUAAACAGGACAUGGUGGAUUCCGUGGAGGCUGUUGGGGGAGGAGUGAUUGCCACCAAGUGUGUGCUCCACGGAGUCAUCUACUUAUGGAAUCUAACUGACACUCUCAACUCUGGCACACAUGAAGUGAGGCCGACUCAUAUACUGCAGUGGAGCAACACGGACAACUACUUCAUGUACAUGGGCGUGCAACCAGAGGCCAACAUGCUGUGUUGUGGUGAUGACCAAGGAUCUCUGUGGCUGUAUGAUCUCGACAGACUGGACCCUGCAGAGCCUGACUGUCCUGUCACUGUCAGACCAAGCUGUGUUCUCCCCUGGCCCACGUUGACUGACCCCCACACGGAGAAGAGACGAAAACUCUCAGUCGACACCUACGACAUCGUCGUCGCCAAAGUAGCCAUUUCCAGCAACAGAGAGAACAUUGUUGCUGUUACCAACAACAACAUGGUUUGUGUAUGGGAGAAAUGUGAAUCAUAAAAAUAGUGCAAGACCUUUUAGAAUGUGAGAAUUUAUGUUACUUUAACUAGGUAGUAUUUUAUUUGUUGUUUUUUAUAUAUUUGUUUCUUCCUAUCUGUUUUUUGCAACAUUUUUUAAUGUUAAUUUUAAUUGAGUCUACCAUACGGAACGAUAUGCUUACUUUAUGUAGAUUUAGAUAUAAUAUUCUUAGUAUUCUUUGUUGAACAGGGUUUCAAGUUGAUUUUAUUGUUAUCAGUGCUCUUCUAGUUUUUUUAUCUUGUUUUUAUUGGCAGUAAAUAUUGCUUAUACCUAGCUUUACAUUUCCCAACAGUACAGAACAACUUGUGAUGAGCAAAGCAGUAAAUUCCGAUUACAAAUGAUAAAUUUUGAUAGAUAAACAAAUCCUCAAGCUGGUUAUCAUCAACAUUCUGUUUUAAAUUUCUCCACCACUGCUGUUUCCACAAGUUUUUCACUUAAGUUUGAUUUCAAACAAUUACAGUAGGGCCUCAAUAGCUCAUGAACUAAUUUUUUUUUUUAAUCCUCACUUACCCGUCAGUGCAGAAAUAGCUUAAGUUCCAGUUAUAAACUUUAGCCAAUACAAGUCGGGUUAUGGAGGUGCUGACAACAUUAUGGUAGAAAUCAACACCUCAGUAUUUUUAGCUAUAAUUUGAGUAAUCGAGAUAUAUCCCUUGAUAGCUAGACCUUGCUUAAUAAACUCAACUCUUCCCUCUUCAGCUUCAAGUUAUUGAGGUCCCUCUGUAUUAAAUUAUUUGUUUUUUAUCAGGAUAAACAUUUUGGUCAUAAUAUGUGAACUGCUAGUAUGAACAUAUGGGUAAGUCUGUGAGGUUAUUUUUGUGAACAAUGAUGUUUACCUGCAUAGGCCUUGGGUCUAAAUUUGAUAAUUACUUAUAGCACUUAACUUUUUAACAUUUUUUUGUAAUGUUUUAUCACAUUUAAGAAAAUAGACUUUUAAUCACAAAUCAUUUGUUCUAUGGAUCAUUCUAUUGUUUUUUAAAAUAAAUUUGUUUUAAUACA